GUUUUGGCCUGUUUGGGGCUCUGAGGUCACGCUCGUGGUUAUCGCACAACAUCAAUACCCCCCGUGCGAGAUUACUUUGUUGCUCGUACUUAACAAUCAACUCCGAGAUAUACGCAAUACGGUAGUUAUAUCGACUGAGCAGAGUGAAACAGAAUAUUAAGGAUAGGAUAUUAUAAAAAGAGAAAAAGGAAGGAACAGAAAAUGCCGCUCUCCAACAGGCGUCGCGCGCGCCGCAAGGAAAUCCAACUGCAGGAAACAUCCGACGUCGAAGACCUCCCCGAUUCGUCGCCCAGUCGACCAGCCAGUAAGAAGCGCAAGGUCGAACGCUCACCACCUCGAGUCAAGCCCGAAUCCCCCGAAGCCGACUCAGCCCCCGAAAACAACGAAAACGAAACCGACCUCUCCGCCAACCAAGACCUCGUCGACCUCGUAAUCUCCUACCUCAGCGGCCCCCGCGACGAUGAAGUACGCGUGCUACGCGACCACUCCAACGCCAAGACUGAAAACAAGCAGAGCAUCCGCGCGUACGCCAAGAUCGCCGGCCGGAACUGGACGUACUACGUGAAGACGCUGCAUGUGAAUAUUGGUCGUGAGCCCGAUCGCGAGCAGAAGCUGGAUGAGCAGUCGAGUCCGGUUACGAUUGCUGCCAGGGCGCUGCCGGAGGUUCAUGUGGAUCUAGGGCCGAGCAAGUUUGUGUCGAGGCUGCACGCGGAGAUUUUCUAUGAUGGGGAGGAGACGGCGAGUUGGCAUAUACGGGUUAAUGGAAGGAAUGGGGUGCGGUUGAAUAAUGUGGUGCUGAAGCGCGGGGUUGAUGCUAUUUUGUCUUGUGGAGAUAUUAUCGAGAUCGCUAAUACGCAGAUGAUGUUUGUGACGCCGGGUGAUAAGGCGAACAUCCACCCGAGUUUCGUGGAGCGCGCCCAUCGUCUGGCUAACGGGGAGGAGGAGCCUGUUGCGUGGGAUCCGAGUGCUCAGGCGUCGCAGACCUCCGUUGCUAAUACGGCUGCCGCCUCGUUUGAUGACCCGCUACCUCCUACGUCGAAUGGCCAACCGUCGCUUGCGCCUGCACCGCACUUCCUCAAGCGACAGGUCACUCCGCCGCCGCGCUCGCCUGAUACCAUGGGCGCGCGGACAGCUAAGCAGUCGCCGUUGUACAACCGGGGUAUGAUGAUGGAGAGUACCGAGGAGAUUGACUACAGCAAGGACUCGGCCAAGGAUCUGAAGCCGCCUUAUAGCUAUGCGACGUUGAUCGCGCAAGCUAUUUUCUCGAGUGAGGAGGAGAAGCUCACCCUGAACAGCAUUUACAACUGGAUCAUGGACAAAUACGCGUUCUAUCGUCACUCGCAGAGUGGAUGGCAGAACUCCAUCCGGCACAACCUAUCCCUAAACAAAGCAUUCCAAAAAGUCCCUCGUCGAACCGAUGAACCCGGCAAAGGAAUGAAAUGGCAGAUCGCCCCAGAAUACCGUGAAGAAUACUGGAAGAAGCAGUUGCGCAAAGGAGGACCGCAAUCUUCCGCGCCAUCAUCACCAGCCACCAAAGAACCCUUUUCCCGAGCCAACGGUCUAAGCGCGAUGUUCUCCGCCGAAAAGAGAUCCCCCCAAGUCUCCUCCCCAGGUUUCAGCUCCUUCCCCGUUGCACCAGUCGAAGCCUACACACCUGAACGAGGCACCCGCGGCGCCGCAGGCGUCCCCGACCUCCGAAUGCGCCACAAAAACGCCCGCGACUACGAAGAGCCCUCUCCCCUCCCAACCCGCUCCGCAAACCGCAACAAAAAUGCCACCAGCGGCCAAAACAGCCUAGGACGCGCCUACGGCCUCUCCGACAACGUCGCCAACUCACCCCCCGUCCUCUCCUCCUCCUACUACAAUGAAGAACCAUCAAGCAUGAUAACCCCCGCCCCGCAACGCCAACAACCCCGCCUCCCACCCCCCUCCACCGCGCAAAUCCCGUCAAAAUUCAUGCCCAUGAGCUCGCCAGCGCAGUUCUGGAAGUUCGCAGAUAUAGGGAGUACACCUGCACGGCCGGUGCCGGAUAUGAGUCCGUUGAAGGGCGGGAUUGAACCCGGUGAUGGGCUUGGGAGUAUUCCGAGUAGUAGUCCGCCGCCGCCGAAUCUGGCUAGCCCUAGUAAACCAGGGACGUCGAAUGGAUUGGGGCAUGGACGGUCGUUGUCUGGUUUGAAGGAAGAGGAUGGAGAGAGGGAGGCAAAUGGGUUGAACCAGGCGGAUGUUCACGAGGAUGACGAAGAGGAGGAUGAGGGGUUUGAUCUUGCGAGGUGAGUUCACCUUUCUUGUUAUGUAUAUAUCUUUGGAUGAUUGCUAACGAGGACAGGGGCUUCCAACCAAUCGGCUCAUACCAUCGACAACUAAGUAACGCGGCACGCGCGAGUGCAGCAACAUCUUAAUGCUUUCUCUU